AUGGGCAGAAGAAGGUUCAAGAGGAAUUUGACAUAGACAUGGACGCGCCAGAGACAGAGCGGGCGGCUGUGGCGAUACAGUCCCAGUUCAGGAAAUUCCAGAAGAAAAAAGCGGGGUCCCAGUCUUAGUAGCUACCUCACAGCUUAAAACAAAGUAAUCCUGUUGUCAAGAAAAUCAGAAGUAAUACAAAGAUGCAUGUACAGAAAUGAUCCAUAUUUAAAACCCCAUUGGCAGAUAACAAACCAUGAGCUUGUGUGUGACUCUAUCCCAGAUGUUUCACGCCCAUUAUCUUCUGUAACUCACCAUUUUACUUGAUGUUAUAAUAAAAAGCUAGGGUGAAGUAAUUAAAGUGUCUGCCUUCAUCUGUCUUUGCAUAUUAAUCUAUCAACUGCAGCGUUACAAAUGAACCCAGCCCAGAUGCCUGUUUUCCUCUUCAUGUAAAGCUUGGAGACAUAACAGCACCGUAUGUUACAAGGUUUUUGCUGAGAGAUGAGAGCACACAUCGCAGCCCUGCUUACCUCAUUUGGAGAAUUCCAGCUGCCAGACAAAUGUGACAAUAAAAUUACCUUCUUGCAAUGAGCUGAAAGUAAAAA